ACGACAAUUCUUCGCAUCUCCCACUCGACCAUCAGCCUCUUUCCUCGCCACCGAUUUUUCUCGAGGCCCACGGAGAUUCUCCGUCGAUAUGGCUCCUCCUACUGGACCUCAGGGACGCGGGUCUGGCAGCUCUGCUCGAAGCAGGCAACCAACGCGAGCCAGCGCAAGAGGCGGAAGUAUCCAGAAGCGCCGCGCUGCAGGCAACAGGAUUGACCGUGAUGGCGACGUUUCGAUGGGUGCGCCGUCUGCCGGUGCCGCCAGAGGAGCGGGGCGAACCGGCCCGCUGAAGAGAGGCUCAAUGACGACGAGAUCAUCCACUCGAACUGCUCAGAACGUCGUCCUCUACGGACAGGGCGAGCUCGCCAUUACGGGAGGCCGUGGCGGGCGCGGUGGCCGGGUUUCUAUCAACGCCUCGAAAACUCGGUUUGCCCACCCGGCGAUCUUGAAGAUCCACGGCCUCAAGGAGAGCAAAGCAGCAACCAAUAGCGAUGGCGGAAUCCGCUCUCUCCUGACUUUUCUCGAGCGAAAAGCCUCGAAAGGAGACAAGCAUGUGACGAUCCAGAAGUCAGCACUUGUUGGCGAUUACGUCUUCAUCCAAGUCAGCAAAGACGAUGUCCAGGAUAUUCUCCGAUUGAACGACUACAGCCAUGCGGGAGCAAAGCUCACCAUUUCUGAAUCCCAGGAGCCCUGGCCUCACAGGGCUGUUGCAUCCCAGCUGACUCAAGAGGCCGCGGAUGCCAAGGAGAAACUGAAAACCGUCCUUUUCAAGCGCUACAACGCGGAGACCAGGAUCCUCGAUCUCUCUUCUCUGGGCCAAGAUCAAGAUCUUGUCUCGAUGGGUCUUUUUGAGCAACGAACCACGGCUGAAAAGGCAUUCAAGGCGCUCCUAGUCAUUGCAGAUGCGCAAUUCGACUCUCCCCAAGCGAAGGCUGAGGCUAUUCAAGGCGUCUCGCUUUCCGGUAACGAACUCGACAACGUUGCACCGGUGUUUGAUCUGGCAGAGAACUUUCCACAACUCAAGAUGCUAGAUCUUAGCAACAACCGGUUCGACCAUCUGCGCAAGCUUAACCGGUGGCGCUACAAAUUCCGGAACCUGGAGAACCUGGUUCUCCUUAGAAAUCCACUCGAGUCCCAGGAUCCGACCUACCAGGCUGAGGUCCUCGAGUGGUUCCCGAAGCUUCAGAUCCUCAGCGGAGUGCAGAUGAGAACUGCCGAAGAGAUUGAGGCAAAGGCUAUGGCCUCCCGGCCAACUCCUAUUCCCCAGAUUGGCUCCGAUUUCCGCGAUGCGGAUGGGGUUGGUGAGGGCUUCCUUCGGGCUUUCUUCCCCCUUUACGACACCGAUCGCGUACAGCUGCUCUCCGCAUUCUACGACGAUGAGAGCAGAUUUACCCUUUCUGUCGUCACCCACUCGCCAAAGGAGAGCAAUGUUACCCCUCUCCCAUGGCAACCCUACCUCAAGUUCUCGCGGAACAUGGUCAAGAUCCAGACCAUCCCGGCGCGAAGUCAGCGCCUCUUCGAUGGUGCCCAACUCAUUGGAGACCUAUGGAAGACCCUCCCGGCUACAAAGCACCCCGAGUUGACGGAACAUAACAAAUACAUCAUCGAUUGCCAUCCCAUUCCAGGCCUGGUUGAUCCAACUGGCCAGAGCCCGUCCGGGGUUGGCGGUCUCAUCAUCACCGCACACGGCGAAUUCGACGAGAUGGAACCAACUACCAACAAAGCCGGCAAGCGUUCCUUCUCCCGCACCUUUGUUCUAGGUCCCGGCCACCCCGGAAGGAACACCAUCCGUGUCGUUAGCGACAUGCUUUCGUUGCGCGCUUGGAAACCCGUUCCUGUCUUGAGCGCCCCCGUCAAUGUCGUUGCUGUUGAGGAGCAGAAGAAACAAAUGGUCGCCGAGUUGUCGAACAGGACCAAUAUGACUCUGCAGUACACGGAACUGUGUCUCUCCGGAGUGGAUUGGGACUUCGACAAGGCCUGGGUGGCCUUCGAGCAGAAGAAGGCACAACUUCCCCCAGAGGCAUUCAUAACCCCCGUUCAGGCCGUUUAGAAUGCGGGCAACGGGGUGUCAAUUGAAAUGAUCAUGGAGGGACAACUGUGAUCUUGUACCAAGAUUCUGGGGUGUUGGAGAGGUGUUGGCAAGGUUUUCCCGAAGGAAGAAGGA